AUGGUGCUAACGGCGGUGCUGUCGAUGAUUCGCUAUAUUGGCGACAUCGAUGACCGGGACUUCGUGGAUCGCCUGCACAGCUAUUUCACUACCAACAUACUCAUCGCCUUCUCGAUACUGGUCAGCUUCAAGGUUCGUCGUUUUUCUGAGGCAGUGCUUCUUCUGGCGGAUCGCUUCCACUGGAGAAUUAUAUAUAGGCUUCUGCGCCCUAUGAACACUUAG